AUUUUUAGUUAUGCUCCAGAUAAACUUCCAUAUCAUGAACCUCUUCCUCCCACUGACCCACUAGUCCCGCCUGAAAAGAAGAGCUGCGGUGUCCCACAGCCCGUGAACGCCCCCUGACAGACUGGAUUCGGGGAGGGGUCUGCACCAGAACCCCCCCUCAGCACCCGGAACCGGGAUCCAGUCAGUUCUGAGCCGGGAAUCCUCCGCGGUGAAGCCGCUGCUCUCGCCGCCUCCGGAAGCUCCGCGAGGAUUCGGAGAAGCCCUCCGUCGUCGGGGGCGCGCGAGCGCACGCGGGGACAACUGCAGAGAUGUCCGGCUUUCGGGACGAAUCUGUCUGGGUUCGGUUUGUCUCCCACAAACUCCACGCGAUGCCAGCCCGAGUCCAAAGUGUGGCUGCUCUGCCUGAACGAGCGCCGCGCGCCCCCGCCGCUCGCGCGGACUAGAGCCCGCCGCCGUUCCCGGGGAGCAGCACCGGGUCCCGCUGUCCCGCAGUCCCGGGCCGCAGCAUGCUCCUCCAGUGGGUCCCGGUGACUUUGCUGCUGGUCUCCACGCAGACGUGGGGUGUUCACGCGUCCUGGGAAAACGAGGCGGACACGCGCGAGAAGCCGCACAUCGUCUUCAUCCUCGUGGACGACCAGGGCUUCCGGGACGUGGGCUACCACGGCUCCGAGAUCAAGACCCCCACGCUGGACCGGCUGGCGGGGCAGGGGGUCAAGCUGGAGAACUACUACGUGCAGCCGCUGUGCAGCCCGACCAGGAGCCAGCUGCUGACCGGCAGAUAUCAGAUCCAUACCGGCCUUCAACACUCUGUCAUCCGAGCCACUCAGCCCAACUGUCUUCCUCUGGAAAACGUCACCCUUCCCCAGAAGCUCAGAGAUGCCGGCUACUCCACCCACAUGGUAGGGAAGUGGCACCUGGGCUUCUACAAACGGGGCUGCCUUCCUACUCAGCGAGGAUUCGACUCUUUCUUUGGCUCCCUGCUUGGCAGCGGGGAUUACUACAGUCACUACAAAUGUGAAGUACCUGGCAUGUGUGGAUACGACCUGUACGAAGGGGAGGAGGCGGCUUGGGAACAGGACCGGGGCCUGUAUUCCACUGUGAUGUUCACUCGGAAGGCCGUCAGCAUCUUGGCGCACCACAACCCUCGUGCACACCCCCUGUUCCUCUACCUGGCUUACCAGGCAGUCCAUUCCCCGCUGCAGGUUCCGGCCCGCUACCUGGAGCGCUACAAAGGCAUUUCCAACCUGAGCCGCCGCAAGUAUGCAGCCAUGGUUUCCUGCUUGGAUGAGGCCAUCCAUAAUCUAACGCUGGCUCUGAAACGCUACGGUUACUAUGACAACACUGUUAUUGUGUACUCCUCUGAUAAUGGAGGUCAGCCUCUAGCUGGUGGAAGCAACUGGCCUUUGAGAGGAAGCAAGGCCACGUACUGGGAGGGGGGCAUUAGGGCAGUGGGCUUUGUCCAUAGCCCCCUUCUCAUGAAAAAAGGGACAAAAUGUAGAUCUUUGAUUCACAUCACUGAUUGGUUUCCCACACUUGUGACUCUGGGUGAAGGAACCUUAGACGAAGACCUGAAUCUGGAUGGUUACGACGUUUGGGAGGCUAUCAGCGAAGGCCGUCCUUCGCCUCGCCUCGACAUUCUGCACAACAUCGAUCCCAUUUACAUCAAGGCUAAGAACGGCUCGUGGAAAGCUGGCUUUGGUUUGUGGAACACCGCCGUCCAGGCGGCAAUCCGGGUGGGCCACUGGAAGCUGCUCACCGGCGUUCCAGGCUACAGUGACUGGGUGCCCCCCCAGACCUUCUCUAAGCAGAGGCUCACCAAUCGCUGGCACAACGAGCGAGUGCGAUGGGAUGGGGGUAAGUCUCUCUGGCUGUUCAACAUCACAGCAGACCCUUACGAGAGGGUGGACUUGUCUCAGCACUACCCUCACAUCGUCAAGACGAUGCUGCUGAGGCUCGCUCAGUACAACAGGACCGCCGUGCCAGUCCGCUACCCGGCCAAAGACCUGCGGUCCAACCCUCAGUACAACGGUGGCGUGUGGGGACCCUGGUACAAGGACGAGAGGGGGGAGCCUGAUGAGGAGGAGCAAUACAACACCUUGUUUCCAAACCAUCUGGGUAAAAGACGAUGGACAAACGAGUAAAAAGAAAGAAAAGGAUGAAGCAGCGUUGUGCUUUGGUUUUCUCAGGGAUCAUUUCUUCCCGUCUCAAACAUUCAGAGUCUCAGCUGAACUCCAGCUCCUACUGUAAGAAGAAACAAAGGUUAACCCGGUUGAAGCCAUUCCAUCCAACCCAAACAACCAAAGCAAGAACGCCAGAACUGCAGUCACUUCCUGUUUCUCUGGUCAAACUGGUGCUCUGCUGAAAUUGUAGUUAGAAUAACUCAAAACCGUGUUUGUUCCAUUCGUUCCAUGUUCGUUCAGGUCUGUUGUUGAUUUUAUGAAGUGACAAUUCAAACAAAGAAAGUUGCUUGAAGGUUUUACAGAGAAAAGGCACCAAAGAUAGGCACAACUAACAAACGUUUAUUCCUUACUAUUCCUAUCAGAUUCAGCUUUUAGCUUCCAAUAAGGGGGCCGCAGAGUGGACCAGGGGUCAGCGCCGUCGCUGGUUCAAACCCAGCUGGGUCCAUCAUGUGUGGAGUUUGGUCUCCUCCUUUCACCCUCCAAAAACUGGCUUCAAAGGUUCACUGGUUACUCAAAGUGUCCCUCAGUGUGUUUGUGUGUGGAAGUGAAUGUGUGUUUGUGUGAUUGUUUGUUUGUGUGAUUGUGUGUUUGUGUGAUUGUGUGUGAUUGUGUGUGGAAGUGAUUGUGUGGUCCAAACCCAAACGAGAAGAUUAGUUUCUUUGAUCCAAAUCCCAGUGGUUUGGAUUUCUGAACAUAAAAUAUUUGUGUUAUUUUCCUCGUCAUGUCAUUUAAAUGUAGAGGUUUACAGUGAGCAUUGAAUUAUGAAUAAUACGUAACAUUUCAUGUGAAUCCAGAUGUUUCACAGGAGUUUUGGUAAAGACGUAUGUAGAUGUAUUCUGUUCUAGAUAAAGCCAUGAAAAUUAUCCCAUUUAAUAUUUUUAUAAGAAUUCAAAGAAUGCUGGCUGAUUGGUUUAUCCCCACACCUGUCACCCUCUAAAGAGGCAGAAAUCAAAUCAAAUAGGCCUAAUCCGUUAAGAAAUCAUUUAAAAAUGAGGUAAAUCAAUAAUCAAUGGUGGGCUUUAUUUAGGCUUUAUUUGACUCUAAUGUAAGACCGACCAAUCACAGCAGACAACACACGUGUGAUGUCAUCAACACGGAUCAGUCCAUCAUUCCAGUCCAAUGUGUGGACAGACUGUGAAUAAAGUAUGUGACCAUCCAGUGUCUAGAAUGUUCUAAGAAUGUUCCCUUUGGAUUCUCUGGAUGUGGAAAAACAACAGUGGUGAACUUUAGGAAACUAACAUGUGAAUGGAUUUGACAUUCAUUCUAGUUUACUUGUUGGUUUGGACACAGAUUUCAUUUACUUGAUGAUCUGGAAGAAGACAGAUUGCAGCUGAGCCUCUGGUGAUGGACAUGUUCUGCUUUUACAAUCGGGGUUAUUUGUCACUCUUUGAGAUGUUAAUAUGAACCCCUAUGGUAGUAGAAAUGAACUGUAUUGAGUUUAUGCCGCUCGGACAGGAUGGGGGGGUUGUAUGUCUUUCCUUGACCAUUGCCAUCAACAUUGGUGACUGAUCUAUUCUGUUUUGGUUGCAUCUCUACCAGAACUUGCAGGACUGAUGUGACGAGUGAGUUCAGGUGUGAUUCUGAUCAACCUCUACUGUCUGAUGUCUGAUCCAGAACAAAACCAGGCUGACAAAAUAAAAGCCCCAGACGGGAAAAACUUC